UCACGAUUCACUAACGAUGGCUAACUUCAGUUGGCACUAUAACGAAAAGCUAGGUUAAGUUUUAGUGCAAGUUUGAUUUAAACAACAGCAAACGUAGUUUAUUUAUUAAUAGAAGUAAUAGAAUGCCUUUACCUAUCCAGAACUAUCUAUACGAGAAUGCUGUUGAACCAAUGCAAGUCGAUGCGCCUCCCGAAGACAACGAGAAUAACGAAGAGGAGAGUUAUGUAGUCGAGAACCCCACUUUAGAUUUAGAAUCGUAUGCGAAUAGCUACUCGGGUUUGGCCAAGUUAUAUCGGCUAAUCUACAUCGUCGAUCAUUGCCCUUCUCUACGCUUGGAGGCCCUGAAGACCGCAAUCUCGUAUGUUAUGACGACGUACAACGUAAAUUUAUACCAGGUGCUGCAUCAGAAGUUAGCCGAGGUUGUGACCGUCCCUCUUCUACCAGAUGUAGCCGCUCAGUCGACAAAUCAAGACGUACCCACCAUCGAUAGCUCAUGGAUGGAAACUAGAUCUAAAAAGGCCGCCUUAAAAUUGGAAAAACUAGAUAAUGACUUAAAGAAUUACAAAUCAAACGCGAUUAAGGAGAGUGUGAGAAGGGGACACGAUGAUCUUGGUGAUCACUACUUGGAUUGUGGGGAUCUGUCGAACGCCCUGAAAUGCUAUUCGAGAGCUAGAGACUACUGCACUAGCAGCAAGCACGUCGUUAAUAUGUGUCUAAACGUUAUAAAAGUAUCCGUUUAUCUUCAGAAUUGGUCUCAUGUGCUUAGUUACGUUUCGAAAGCCGAAAGUACUCCCGAUCACUCAGAAUCAUCGACCAAAGACUCUUUCCAAGUGAUAUUAACUAAACUUAAGUGUGCGGCGGGAUUAGCAGAACUGGCCACGAAGAAAUAUAAAUCGGCCGCCAAACAUUUCCUACAGGCAAACUUGGACCACUGUGACUUUCCCGAGCUGCUCUCCCCCAGCAACGUCGCGAUGUACGGCGGUCUUUGCGCUUUGGCGACGUUCGACCGGCAUGAACUCCAAAAGAACGUCAUCUUCAGUAGUUCCUUUAAGCUAUUCCUAGAGCUUGAACCGCAAUUACGCGACAUCAUCUUUAAAUUUUACGAGUCGAAAUACGCAUCCUGCUUAAAGUUAUUGGACGAAAUUAAAGACAAUCUCCUGCUGGAUAUGUACAUCGCACCUCACGUCAACACCCUUUACACCCAGAUUCGGAAUAGGGCCUUAAUUCAAUACUUUAGCCCUUACUUAUCGGCCGACAUGCACAAGAUGGCUGCCGCGUUUAAUCGGACCGUUAUCGCCUUGGAAGACGAACUAAUGCAACUGAUACUCGAGGGGCAGAUUCAGGCAAGAAUCGAUUCGCACAAUAAGAUCUUAUUUGCGAAGGACGUCGAUCAACGGAGCACGACUUUCGAAAAGAGUCUACAGAUGGGUAAGGAGUAUCAGAGGAGAACGCGUAUGCUGAUACUACGUGCUGCGGUUUUAAAGAAUAAAAUUCACGUUAAGAGUCCUCAAAGGGAAACGUCGGGGCAGAGCGGUGAGGUAACUGUUGCGCCCGGUACGAGCACUGUGCUCACGGCUCGCAAUUGAAUGUAAAUGCUAGCAAUUAAGAUCACUUUAUCUAUAAAUAAUCUGAUCCCUUUGUUAUUAAAUACACAUUUUUGAUUUGAAUGCGA